AUGGCUUGUUACAAGGUAUAUUUAGCGUUGUCGGCUCUAAUCGCUUGUCACGUGACUGAUGCACUUUACGAAUUGGAGCGUUUGAAGGCUCAGCUGCAGUAUCGGGACGUAUCCCGAGCUCCUUGGAACAACCGAUAUGACUCUUACGAGACCGCCUCUUCCGAGGUAUUGCCACAUUACUAUGAUACUUCUUACGUAUCGAGCGAGGACCGCCACGGAAGCUCGUCCGAGCGUUUCCCGAUUAGCGGCAUCAAGAAGGAGCCGAACGAAGACAAAGGCUUCAAGAAAACGACAUCUCCGUUCGGCAAGGAUUCCCUGAAGGAGCUCGCUCUCAACUCUAGAACCGCCCACUGCCAAGAGAUCAAAGUGAAGUCGGUCGGAGCGCAGGGCGAACCGCCGAAAGGAGUCACGACCUGUUACAGGUGCAAAGAUCCCAAAACCAAGUCCUCAUACGAACGUUGCUUGUACAAGAGCGAACCGGAGGAGAGCUCGUCCGCUAGCACGAAGAUGGAACGUUUCCUGUCUACGCCCGUUAACUUCAGAUAUCGAAGGUCCAGCGCGAUCAAGGAGGACAGGCCGCGGAAUCCCUACCGGUUCGCCGACGAGUACUUCACCGACGCUACGCACAACGUACCGAUCGCGUACGAGAACAAGGGCGAGAAAUGCGAGAAAAUCGUGAAGGAUUCCAUGGUGUGCAUGGUGUGCAAGGACACGAAGACCAACGGCAAGUACGAGCAGUGCUCGUACGUGAAGAAUCCGCGCGAGAAGGCGUACUCCUACACGAAGUCCAGCACUUUCGGCAAGCAACCUCAGGAGCAGAAGAACGAGGGGAAUGCCGAGAAAGGCUCCUACUCCUCGGGUACCCGAGUAUCCGAGAGACGGGAUCCCGCCGAACCUCGUGAGUAUUCCCACUCGAGCGAACUACGUUCUGAAAAGACGGCGAAAGAGCAGGACGAGGUGCAGGAGGCUCCGACAACGGGUUGCAAGCAGGUGCAGAAGGACUCGAAGAGCUGCACGGUGUGCAAGGACUCGAAGACAGGCGGCACUUACGAGAAAUGCACCUACAGCUACCAGCCCAGCGACAAGCUGUACAAGUACAGCAGAUCUAACAGCUUCGGCUACCCAGACAAGAGCUCCUCUCAGGACGCGGACAAGGCGUCGUACGAGUCGAAGAACUCGGAUUCCACGCACGAGGACACUUAUUUCGGCGGGCCGACAUCUUACUCAGACGAGAAGUCCGCCGAAGACGAGAGCGAAGGUUCAUCAGGCAGCUCACCUUACAGCAGCUCACCCUACUACAGCAGCUACUCCGAAGGAUCGAGCGCCGCACCUUACGAAGGUGGGGCGACGUCGGAUCGCGAGAAGUCCGCCUCAGAACGUCACGCCGAGAAUAUCGACUCGAAUCACUGCAGGGAGGUGCAGAAGGACUCGAUGACAUGCACGGUCUGCAAGGAUCCGAAGUCCGGCAACGAUUUCGAGCAGUGCUCGUACUCAUACCGGCCCAGCGAUAAGCUCUUCUCUUACAGCCAGUCGAGCUCGUUCGGCAGUCCGCGGGAGAGCGAGGAGUCUUCGCAGAAACAGGAAUCGGAGCACGAAGAGGAGCGACCGGACGGCUCGGAGAGCCCGAAAGGAUCCUACGAGCCGUACGCGCCGGGGCUGAGCUACGAAGCCUCGACGAAGGACGAAGCGAAGUCCGAGGACUCGAAGGGACGCGAGGCGGUGGACGCGGCGUACCUGCACACCGCGAAGAAGAAGGCGGAGAUCGAAGGAUUCCUGCAGAAUUUCCGGAAGAAGGACCGCUCGAAAUGCAAGAAGGUGAUGCGCGACAAGAUGACCUGCUACCAGUGCAUCGACGACGAGGGCUUCCAGAAGGAGGAGUGCGUGUUCGUGACCGGGCAGGAGCCCGACAAGGAGCAGCUCGCGUUCCACGAGAUCAAGGAGUUCCAGAUGGACCCGGCGUCGUCGCUCGCGAGCUCGACCAAGCCGAAAACGGCGGAUCCUCCGCUGCAGGAGCCGAUCGUGUCCGCCAGCAAGAACUCUUACGUCAGGCUGGAGAAGCCGGACAACGAAUAUCCCGACGAAGCGUCGCAGACGGCCGAGGAGACGAAGGAGGCCGAGCCGUACGAUUACACGUCGGAGACGCGCGCCAGGUACGACAAGGUCCUGGGCAUGACUCUACCGGCGUAUAUGUUCACCACUUCGGAACACGAGGCGGCCUUCGACGAGGUCGUGGCCUCCAGCCACCAGAACGAGCGCUAACCCCCGACCCUCGUGGUCGCGACGUCUUCGUCGGCCUUCGCGUCUGUUCUUUUCCUCUGAACUGGUGCACAGUCGUGAAACUUAAAUAGAGACAGAUUCACUCGGUUGAGACUCGGUGGAGGAGAGAAGAGAACCGGUACAAGUCGGUGCAGCCAGUUGAGCGGAAAGGAACGGACCUUUCGUCUUCCUCGUCGUCACGUAGAUAUCCGGUUACUCUUGCUCGUCGACAGUUGUCAGCCUGAGACGGAGCACGUCUGCAUACCUGCGUUAAUUGAGAACGUUAGCCUCGCGUACCUUUGUUAUUUAGUUUAUAGGGACGCGCCGGAGGGCGCGCGUAAUUGGAAAUUCGCGGUACAUUGGACGGAUUAUAUCGUUGUGACAAGGCGAGGUCCUUCGCUUCGUUGUGUCGCAGUUCGCCGAGACGUUAUGUCGCGGGAUGCCGUGACUGAUGGCGAUCAGAGUUGACUGCGGUAUCGAAGAUUCAGCCUCACGAAUCGGCUUUUAGGAUACGAUCA